AUGAUUUACGAAGCGGGGAGAGUGCAGAGGGGGGAGCGCAGAAGGGGGAGUGCAGAGGGGGGACUGCAGAGGGGGGAGUAUGGGGCACAGGCCCAUUGGAGUGCUAGACCAGCACACAGCAGCUCCCCUCCCUCCCUUCCCCUAACAGCAGCAGUGGCCUUUUGGGAAAUCUCAAGCUGUCUCACCCCCUCCUCCUCCCCGCCUACCUACCCCCUGCCGGCUAACCUACCUCCUGUCCACCCUCGUUUCCCCUGCCCGCCCCCUACCCGCCCCCUACCCGCCCCCUACCCGCCCUCACUGCAUCAGCCCAUUCGAGUGACCAUUCGGGUGGUCGACCAGCUCACGGCAGUGGCAGCUGAAAUCGUUUCCUUCUCCAAGGCACGUAACUGUUCCCUUCCCCUCGCCUCCCCUCGCUUCCCCUCACCCACCCUUCCCUCCCCCUCGCUUCCCCUUACACCCCACCCUUCCCUUCCCCUCGCUUCCCCUUACACCCCAUUCUCCCCCCUUUCUCUCCCGUUCGCAUGUGGAUUCGUCUGUUCUGUCUACCCCAUCUACUACCUUCCAGCACAAGAAGCACCCACCCUGUUCCCUUUGCCUCACACUCCCCUUUCCUUUGAUCACAUCACCCCAACCACCUUUACCUUCCCUUUCCAGGAUAGUGCUGUGGUGGUGUCAGGUGCUGGCACCAGUGGCAGAAUAGCCUUUCAGGCGCAGGAAGGGGCGGAGGACAACCAGGAGGCAGCAGAGGCGGCUCUGAGGCGAGUGGAAGGGAGAGGAGUGAAGCACAGCGCAGGAGGGCGCGGAGGACAAUCAGGAGGCAGCAGUGGCGGCUCUGAGGCGAGUGGAAGCAAGAGGCAACCCGUGGGGGAAGCCGUGCGGGCGAGUGCUCUAUAUCGGCAUCAGCUGUGGCCUCAGCGCUCCCUACGUGGCAGCACAAGUCAAGUACGCCCUGUCACAGUCGCACUAUGCCGUUGCAGUCAUGGGUUUCAAUCCGCCCUCUCUCGCGCCAAACACCAAGGUGUCACCUUCCAGUCUGUUCUUCAAGAGCUAAGGGCUCGCAUUGAUGCUGCUGAAACAGACACCACCUCUUACUGUCUUCCCCACUCCUUCCUUUCCAUUCCCAACCAGGGUGCUCCAGGCGUGACCUUCCCGUCCGUGCUUUCAGAAAUGAGGGCUCGCAUCGAAGCUGCUGAAGCAGAGGGGACUGCCCCAAGGCACUUCAUCCUCUCUCCUGCUGUUGGCCCGGAGACCGUCACAGGGUCCACGCGGCUCAAGGGCGGCACUGCCACCAAGGUCCUUCUGGAGACCAUCUUCAGCCGGGCUUUUGCCAGAGUGCUGCGCCUGCCCGCCCUUGGAAGCUAUGCAGGAGUGCCCCUUCUGCUCAUCAACCCUCCUCCCGAGCUCACUCCUGACGAUACCACGUCGGUUCGGCGGGCGGCACGGGUAGGCUGGGGCCGAACCGAGGCUGCCCCGGCGGCUCGGUACGGCGAUGUGAUGGCGGCUUAUGAGGGGGCGAUGAGGGGGGUUUACCAGCAAUUACCCGGAAUUGUGGCCCUCACCCGUCUCUUCCAUCGCGCCAUCAGCACUGGCGGCCGGGUCAUGUACAUUGGAGACGACUCACUCGGCCUCGUUGGUCUUAUAGACGCCUCGGAGCAGGUCCCCACCUUUGGAGCGCGGCCGGGCUCGUUCCAAGGCUUCCUCACCUCCACGUGGCACCGCCUGAUUCGUCCGUUGAACCAGCACACAGUCGAUCCCCUGGGCUCAUCUGCUGCUAGUGGCAGCAGCAGCAGCAGCAGCAGCAGCAGCAGGAGAAGCAAGGCAGGGGCUAGGGAAGGUGAAAACGAGAAAAACAGCAGCAGGUCUCAGGUAGCAGAUGCAACAUCAAGACAGAGGAGCAGCAGGGGAAGCGAGGCGAGCACUAGCGGGAGUAGCAGCACGAGCUCUUGGUUCUUUCCCUUCCGGGCUUCUGCUGCUUCUGCCUCUUCUCCUGCUGCAUCCGACUCACUCUAUCGCCAGCCCACGCCAGAGCCGUUAAAGUCAAUCAGCACAGACUACUUUCUGCUUGAGAUUCUCCCCACCACACGUGCCAACGACACAAUUCUCCUGUUAGAGUCACACGUGCUACAGCCACAGCUGUUCCCUCUACCGCUCCUCACCGCCCUCCACACACGAGCCAAGCAGGGACUGCUGUCCCUCGCUUUGCUUAGUGUCGGUGUGGCUCCUCACGACCGGCUCUUAAUGGUGUAUGAUGAUGAGGAUGGGGUGGAGGAGGGGAAGGAGCGGGAGGAAGAGGAGGAAGGGGAGGAGAGUGAAGUGGAAGGGAGUGAGGAGGAGGGGGAGGAGGAGGGGAGGGAGGAGGAUGAGGAGGGAGAGGAGGAGGGGGGUGAUCAAGGGGAGAGUGGAGCAGGAGGGCAGGGGGAGGAAGGGGAGGAGGGAGUGGGGGAGGGAGGGGAGGAGGGAGGGGAGGAGGACGAAGAGGAGGAAGGGGGAAGUAGCGAUUCUGGGGUGCUGGUAGGGAGGGAGUUACAAGAGGAGCGAUUGGCUGUAGCUAAGGAGAAGGCAGACGGUGCAUCUGACGAGGGGAUUGAGGAGGACAGUGAGGAGGGGAGUGAGUGGGAGUCGGUGGAUGGGGAUGAAACCGAGCAUGUGCUUCACAGUAGUAGCGCCACGGUGAAACUGGCCCUCAACGUUGCUAGUAGCGGGGCGCAUGUGCUUUUAGGCAAAGUGUACAGUAACCGCAUGGUGGACCUUAGAGUGAGUAACGAGAAGCUCUUUAAGAGAGCGGUGAGAGUGGUGGGGGAGCUGGCAGGGGUUGGGGCAGAGGAGGCGGAGAGGUGUGUGAGGAGGGCGAUAGUUAUUGCUGAAAGAGAAGAAGGGAUGGAGGGGAGGGAGGGGAUGGAGGAGAGGGCGGGGAGGGUGAAGGGGGAGGUAGGGGAUGAUGAGGGGGUUAGCAUGGGAAGGAAGGUUGAGGAGAUGGUGAGGGUUGGGGCGAAGAUGGAAAGAAUAGUACCCACUGCUAUUCUGCUGGCAGCUGGGUGCUUUGGUGAUGCAGAGAGCGCUAGGAAUGCAGCACUCAGCAACAGGAGUGUCCGAAUGCUAGUUGCUGAUGCGUUGAACAGGAAAACCUAG